UUCUCCCGCUCUCCGAGCCCAGGCUGCUGAAUUGAGCCGCCCACCUCGCCGGUCGCUUUUCCAGCUUGCCUUGGGGAGGAACCCCCUUCCCUCAAUUCUCCCGGAGCCAUGAAGCUAAUCCUGGUGCGCAAAUUCCGCGUUCUCAUCCUGCUGGUUUUCCUAGUGGCGUGCACUCUGCACAUCCUCAUCGACCUCUUGCCCAAGCUGGAGAAGCGAGCCUCGGGGGCCGAAGCUGGAGCGGCGGAUGCCAAGCCGGGCUGCUCUUGUUCGCACGCCGCCGCCGCCGCCGCUGUAGCCCAGCCGGGGGAAGAGCGGCGCGGCUGGCCCAAGGAACCUCCCGCCUCGGAGGCGGCCGCGGCAGCCGCGGGCUGGCCUAGCAAGCACACGCUGCGGCUCUUGCAGGAUUUCAGCAGCGAGCCCAGCUCCAACCUCAGCUCGCGCUCCGGAGAGAAAGGGCCGAGCCACGCCAACGCCGAGCCGGGAGGAGGAGGAGGAGAGGCGGCGCCGCGGCGAACCUUCAGCACCGCGGCGCUCCACGCGAAGGGGAAAACGAGAGGAGCCGGCCGGUUGCAGAACGAGCCCCACUCGCCUCCUUUGCUGCCGGUUUACCGGGAGGAGGAGGAGGAAGAAGCGGCGGGGGCGGCGGGGGCGGCGGGGCCCGCGGGCACCGGCUCCCGCCUGGCCUCGCUCUUCGCCCACCCGCUCUACCAGCUGGCCUCGCCGCCGCUGGACGAGGCCGACCUCUUGUUCAACGUCAACAGCGACAUCCGAUUUAACCCCAAGGCGGUGGAGAAUCCCGAGUGGCAAAACGAAGAUGAGGACUUCCUACCCACGGGUGAAACAUCCGUCGAUUCCUACCCAAACUGGCUCAAAUUCCACAUUAGCAUUAACCGGUACGAGCUGUAUUCCAGGCACAACCCAGCGAUUGGCACCUUGCUGCACGAUUUGGCUACCCAGAAAAUCACCAGUGUUGCCAUGAAGUCGGGAGGAACCCAGCUCAAACUCAUCAUGACAUUCCAGAAUUAUGGACAGGCCUUGUUCAAGCCAAUGAAGCAAACGAGAGAGCAGGAAACACCCCCUGAUUUCUUUUAUUUUUCCGACUACGAGAGACACAAUGCUGAGAUUGCAGCAUUUCACCUGGACAGGAUCCUGGAUUUCCGUCGUGUCCCACCAGUUGCAGGCAGACUGGUUAACAUGACCAGAGAAAUAAGGGACGUUACUCGCGACAAGAAACUAUGGAGGACAUUUUUUAUCUCACCAGCCAAUAACAUCUGCUUCUACGGAGAAUGCUCCUACUACUGUUCAACAGAGCACGCCCUUUGUGGCAAACCGGACCAGAUUGAAGGCUCCAUGGCUGCCUUUUUGCCCGACUUGUCUUUAGCCAAACGGAAAACCUGGAGAAACCCAUGGCGACGUUCCUACCAUAAACGCAAGAAAGCCGAGUGGGAAGUUGACCCUGAAUAUUGUGAAGAGGUUAAGCAAACGCCGCCUUACGAUCGGGGAACCAGGAUCUUGGAUAUAAUGGACAUGACCAUAUUUGAUUUCCUGAUGGGUAAUAUGGAUCGACACCAUUACGAGACCUUUGAGAAGUUUGGAAAUAAUACUUUUAUUAUCCACUUAGACAAUGGAAGAGGGUUUGGGAAAUAUUCUCACGACGAACUGUCUAUCUUGGUGCCUUUAAAUCAGUGUUGCCGAAUACGGAAGUCCACCUACCUGCGUUUGCAGCUCCUGGCCAAAGAGGAGUACAAACUGAGCCAGCUGAUGGAAGAAUCCUUGCUGGAGGACAAAAUCGCCCCCAUCUUGUACAAACUACACCUCGAAGCGAUGGAUCGGAGGCUCCGGAUAGUCCUCCAGGCCGUCAGGGACUGUAUAGAAAAAGAAAGUUACAACAAGGUGGUGGAGAAUGACUUUGCCUCCCCUAGGAGCACCGUCACGACUGAGAGGUAGUGAAAUGGGCAGACUUCCUUCAACGCCACGGAAGAAGACCGACACGUCAACCAAGCCACCAUCCCAACAGUCUCGCGAAAGACUGUGUGUAGGCCACAUUUGAAUUCAGUGAAUUCAGAAAUUGCUCUUCUAAUUGUUCUCCAAGUAGCUAAGGUGUAGACUCUGCAACAGAUUAGACUGAGAAUAACAGGAAGCUCGGCCGCCAACAGCCCUCGGGGCAAUCCACGUGUUCUCAAGUGGACGUGGUCCAUCCACCUGCCAUGGUUUUUUUUUUUUUCCAUCCAGCCUCGCUUGCCUUAGCUUCUAAAUUAUUCCCCAUCUUCAUCAACGAGGGCUUUGGAGUCCACCUGUGGGCGGAGCUUCUGGCAAGCCCCACCUUCUCUCUCCCCUGUCUGAGCUUUCAUUUCUCUGAGCGGCAAGUGAUUUCGUGCCCCCACCCCUUCUUUCUCCGCCCCAAUCCUUCAGCGCGACACCCUGCUGAAAAGAUCUCGUGUAGGAAAUGCCAAAAAGCCCGUCCACCUAUCCUGGACGCCGACUGCAUCUGGAGGAAAAAGACAUCCACUUGUCCUCAUCGCAGUUUUCCAAACUGAUCCUAUCAAACGAGGAGAGAGAAAAAAAUAUAUAUAUAUGGAAGAUUGUGAAACGGGAUCGUCUCACUGGUUGGAGCAACCCUCUUCAUUCCUUCCCUCCUUUUCCUUUGUACAGAAAGCCGGUCUUUAUUUAAUAUUUUGUAUUUAUAGAGGAGACGGUUGUGUUGUGUUGUUCUUCCUUCUUUUUUUUUAAUAAACGGAAAACGCUACCUUUGGACGAGGAAGGGAUUGACUGAGGUUUACCACUCUCGAGGUGGUCUCCAAGAGGAAUCCAAAGAAGAGAAAUCCCACCUUGAAGCUAUCCUAGAUCUGAACCUGGGUUUGUGGGUGGUCGGAGUAGCGAAAGAGGUGAAGGGAUUAGGAAUUUUGGAACCCUGCGCACCGAAAGAGCUUUAUGGGGAAGGUUAAACUAUAUAUAUAUAUAUAUAUAAAAUAUAAUAUAUAAUUAUAUAUAUAUUCUCCCUAACUAAGGGAGAGAAGGAAGGGUCAGAAAUGGAGAAGGCCACGCUUACGGAUGUUUCCUUCAACGUGGCGGUGAAAUCAUACUUCCUUGUGUCUACUUUGAAGGCGGUAUCCUCCUUUUCUCUUGCUCCUUCAGGGCUGCCAAAGGCCCCCCACUUGCUCCCCAACAUUUCCAAGACUGAUCCAUCUACGGCUAAGGCAAAAGCAAAAAGAAAAAAACCCAAACAAACCCCACCCCAGAAAGGACAACCCUCUGCAGCAGCUUCGUUAAAAAAGGAGAGCGGGACAAUCCGUGCACCGGCGAGAAUACUUGAAUGCGGUUUUACAGAGUGAUGUUUAAAAAAAAAA